GACAGAGAAAAUAAGCACGAGUCAAAGUUUGCACAGUAGCACGUGGAUUUUUGGAGAUGUUCCUUCUGGAGCUCAGUCACUUGUCAGCGCUGGUCACAGCGCUCACAUCUGUGCUCUCCGCCCUGAUCCUGCUUGCAGUCUCCAGGCAACUGUGGACCUUCCGGUGGACCAUUACGCGGGACAUGGAGUGCAAGUUGCCGCUACCCAAUGGGUCCAUGGGCUGGCCGCUGGUGGGAGAAACUUUCCACUGGCUCUUUCAGGUAUGAGGAGUAUUGUUUAUUUCUUACAAGAGUUCCAAGAUAGGCUAUAUGCGCCUUUUAUGCGACGUAUGUCACCAUGCAUGUGAUGAGCUAAAGAGUUUGUUUGUGUUAAUAAUGUGCAAAGAAAUAGCACACAACUUUGUGCAGUAUACUGUAUACUGAAUAUAAUGCGUCAAUGGUACUAUACUUGUGUGGACUUGAUGAGCGUGUGUAAUUCAUUCUUUCGGUGAAAAACAGACGUUUUCACUUCAAUUCCACACCGCUUUCCUGUAGGAAUGCAUCCCGCUUCCAGACUGGGCGUAAACUAGGAGGCACGGGGUAGAGCCUUAAGGCUAUGCGUAGAACGCGCCCUCUUUAUACACAUGAAAUUAACACCUCCUUUACCGCUUUUGUGUGUGUUUGUGUUUUAUGACAGGGGUCCAACUUCCACAUCUCCAGGAGAGAGAAGCAUGGCAACGUUUUUAAAACUCACCUUUUAGGAAAGCCUGUUAUCCGGGUGACUGGUGCCGAAAACAUCCGUAAAAUCUUGCUUGGAGAACACAACUUGGUUUGCACGCAGUGGCCUCAGAGCACCCGGAUAAUCCUGGGACCCGACACCCUGGUCAAUUCUAUCGGAGAUCUGCACAAGAAGAAGAGAAAAGUAAGGAUGAAAUAAAGAUUAGUAAAAACCUGUAGGGGACAUAACUUGGUGAGGUAUGAUCAUCUUCUAGGCCUGUUACUCGCCAGAGAGGCAAUUCAAGGCAAUAAAAUAUGCACAUAAUUCCCUGCUGUUGUUAUUGAGUUAUUACAUAUAGGUAAUAACUAGAGAAGUAUCGGGAUAAUUAAUUUCGUCUCAAGUAUUAUUCAAUUGUUGUCUGGAGUGCCUUGUAGCCAACCAGGUGAUACGUUUUUAUUAUGCUUUCCUUUCCUUUAAGAUCUUGGCAAAAGUGUUUAGCCGCGGGGCCUUGGAGACUUACCUACCUCGCUUGCAAGAUGUUGUCAAGUCUGAAAUUGCAAAGUGGUGCUCGGAGCCCGGCCCAGUGAAUGUUUACGUCUCAGCCAAGUCUCUCACAUUUCGCAUUGCUGUCAGAGUCUUGUUGGGACUGAAGAUGGAGGAAAAACGCAUAGUUUACCUUUCUAAGAUCUUUGAGCAACUCAUGAACAACCUCUUCUCACUACCAAUUGACGCACCUAUGAGUGGCCUCCGCAAAGUGAGUAGGCCUAUAGCCAACAAUGUUAUAAUGCUGUAAAAUUAUUCGCAUAUUUCAUUUAUGUUUUAAUCAUUGUAAAAAUGAUAGUCCUGAGAAAUGAUAACCCAGAAAUUAUAAUACGUUUAUUUAUUAUCAAUAUCUUUACAUGUUUUCAAAAAAAUAAUUGUAGCCUAAUUCAUAUUGUAUGGUGUGGCACGAUAACAAACUAUUUUGCUAACUUGCAUGGGUAACAAAAAACAUGCACAUCACAUUAACUCCCAAUAUGUUAUUAGAAUAGAAUGGAAAAUAAUACAUAUAAUUUCAAACACUGGAUGGAAAUAUCCCAUCAAAGCAGCUAAAAAUCCAUUAGAAGCCAUGCUGAUGUAUGUUUUACUCUUAGGGAAUAGAAGCCCGGGAAAUCCUACAUGCGUGCAUGGAGAAAAUCAUAGAGGAGAAAAUGCAGAAACAACAGACUGGGGAGUACUACGAUGCUUUCGAUUACAUGUUGAUCAAUGCCAAGGAAAACGGAAAUGAACUCAGCAUGCAGGAGUUAAAGGUAAAUUAUAGUAUUUUCUGUUUAUCCAUUCUGCUUUGGUCAUAUGCAUACACAAUCCCACAUUUGCAAUUGUAUAGUCAGUCUUAUUUUUAGGUUUAUAGCCUACUAAGGUGAAUUUACCAUUUAUUUACUUUGGACGACCAAAGCAAAUGGCCUAAAUAAAAUGUUCAUUGUGUUCUGUUUCUGGUGUCUAGGAAACCGCGGUGGAGUUAAUAUUUGCUGCUCACUCAACUACAGCCAGUGCUUCCACUUCGCUUAUUCUUCAGCUCCUGCGGCACCCCGCUGUGGUGGAGAAAGCCCAGAGAGAGCUGGAGUCGGAGGGUCUCGGCUACGAAGCACACAGCGCCCACAGCUGUUCCGGCAAAGAAAAUGGUCUGAAAGGUCCUCUUGCGACGGAACAAGAGGAACAUCGGCAUCUAGACGCAGAGAACACCCCGUUGGUGAAUGGGAACGGGACUGUUAAUUGCGCACUGGAUGAAAACGAAGAGGGACCGUGUUCUCGGUCUCAUAUUCCUUGUUUAACUAUGGAGAAACUGAGCCAGCUACGUUACAUUGAAUCUGUCGUCAAGGAGGUCCUGCGGUUUCUCCCGCCAGUGUCUGGAGGAUACAGGACGGUGCUACAAACAUUCGAAUUGAACGUAAGUAAAUCAUUACGCGCGCUUUUUACACACUGCGGAAGCGCACUACAAUCUUUUUAAAAAAGGUUCUGGAUAGAACCAAAAAGGUUCCCUUUUGUAGGUUUCUUUGAUCAGAACCCCAGGGGUUAUUAUUCACUGAACCGAAAUUGGUUCCAUAUAGAACCAUUGGGUUCCAUAUAGGGUUCUAUUUGGAUACAUGUUGGUUCUAUAUAGAACCUUUAGGGGUGCCAUAUAUGAAGCAUUGAACCCUUUUUGGUUCUAUCCAGAACCUUUUUUUCUAAGAGUGUAUGGAAGCUGACCUUAGAUCAACCCCAUGACCAAGCCACACCGCAUCAUACUUUAGAUAUACUGUGAUGUCGGGAAAUUAGUCCCUCAACUGGCUGGAACAUAAGCCAUUAUUCGAAAGCAGAUACAAAACCAUUUCAGUAUUUUUUCAAAGUAAUUGGGUGAGUUUUCAAUACACCAUAAUGCGUGCAGCGUUAGACAAGUGCAUCUCCCAAUCAUUGCUCCAUAUAAAGUGACCAAUAGAUUCACAUAGGCUUUGAUUUGAAAUUAGGGAUAUACUGAACUGAGGUCCCUAGGUUAAAAGUAUAAAUAACUUUGAAGCCGUCUGGAUAUCCUGCAAGGCUAGCCUUUGCCCGAUGGUGGAUGCGAUGAGAUGUAUUCUAGUCGGAUUAUUACAACUUUAUUCAUACUGAUUAAUGAUUAAUUUACAAUUGAUAUGAUUCAUAUUGAUGUUUAGGGUCCAUGUGAUAUGUUGUGAGAUACAGAUGAUACUGAAUAUGCCUUAACAUUUCUGGAAGUCAAAGAGCAUUCAGUCUGAGUGUAAAUAGGUUGUCACUUGCCAAUAGUGACCUUUACCUUGUAAAGAUUGUAUUGAAGUUGAAUUUUUGUUUUGUCUCUCUACUUCCAAGGGCUACCAGAUUCCUAAAGGAUGGAGUGUAAUGUACAGUAUCCGCGACACCCAUGAGACAGCUGCAGUGUUCCAGAGACCGGAGAUCUUCGACCCAGACCGUUUCGGGCCCGAGCGUGACGAGAGCAAGACUGGGCGCUUCAAUUACAUUCCAUUUGGUGGCGGAAUAAGGAGUUGCGUCGGAAAGGAACUUGCCCAAAUGAUACUAAAAACCCUGGCCGUUGAAGUGAUUGGCACGUGCAAAUGGACACUCGCCACGGAAACAUUCCCCAAGAUGCAGACCGUGCCAAUAGUCCACCCCGUCAAUGGACUGCAUGUGCAUUUCAAUUACGCAUAGCCUACUCCGAUAGUUUAGAGAUGUCAUUGUGUUAUUAUUAAAAACAUUAAGCUCAUACAUUUUUCGCAAUUGCAAUAUUAAGUUAUUAAAUCUGAAUACAUCAGCAAGAACCCUAUCCUGUGAGAAACAUGGUGGUCAUUGUAGAGUGGAACCAAUGCAUGGUGCGAGUGACCUGUGAUGAUCUGCUUAUAGCCAAGAUCGCCUUUUUACGCACUGGGAAAAGUGACUGCAUAGUUUUGCUUUUCUUCACGGACAUCCGGGCGCCCACUUCUAUAACAUAGCAAAUCGAAAGAUGAUAGCCUAUAUUUCAGCACCAUAAUGCAUAAUACAAUGGACGUGUAGGGCUUUCCUCUCAGAACAAACAUUAUCUGUGCUCAGGACUGAUUAUAAAUAUCCGUCUAUAAUGCGAAACUGUCUUACAGAUCUUGCACUUGGUCUCCACGAAAUACAUUCAGAAAUACCUUCCAAAUGUAUGUGUUUAUGUCCAGUAUGUAAGUAGAUAUAAAUGAGAUAUAGGCCUACAUUUAGAAAUAGGAUAAAUAAUUUGAUGUGCGUAUGAAAUGAAGUAGUAUUACAAAUAAGCUUUAUUUAUAGAACACUUCGGUUAAGUCUGUGUACAUAUGGAAUAAUAAUGAAUAGGCCUAGUUAUUUAUAAUCAAUGUAAAGCAUAGACCGUUAAAACAAACCAUAGGCCUAGAGUAUAGCUAAUUAUUCGAUUAUUUAGAGGCUAUAAAUCAAAAUGCAAUUAUAUAAACUUACCUAGAGAAAAUAACAAAUUAUUAUUAUUAGUAGUAGUACUACAUCAGUAUGAAUAAUCGCUUGUUGAUUUUAAAGCAUGAUGGAAGCGCUGUGAAAUGACCCGGUUAAGGUGGAUUCAUGGAAGGAGAUAGCACUUUUUCUCCUUUACGGAGUGUGUAUAUACAGAAUUUGUUCUAUUGAUUGAAUGUGUGUGUUUUUUGUGUAGAUUUUGCUCCUAUUAUCUAUAGAACAAUAUAAAGAGUAAAUUACAAAAAAGUGUAUUUCUGUCAUAGGAUAGGAAAUUCUACCAUACAAAAUAUGCUUUUGCUGCCAUCAUGUUAACCACAAUGUAUAGAUUCCCGUUCUAUAAAAAGACAAAUAUGAACUUGUUUAUAGAUACAAUUGUUAAGGUUUUGAUAAUAUGACAUUUGAAAAGUGUGUCAGUAUUAUCACAGUAUAAGCCUAUUCAAUAUAUUAUGAAAUAUUUUAUGUUUUUAAUAUGAGAUGC